ACACAAACAUGGUCUGCUGUUGAUCAAUGAAUUACACACUCUGUGAACUUUACUUGGCUGAACUUAUGGAUUUGUGGGUUGCUCAUGGAGGAACACUAAAUUGUCAUUUAACGACUGAAAUGUCAAAUUUCUACUAAUUUCAACCACGUUUUAACUCGGCUCCCGUGGAAUUUAAAAACGUAAGAAGACAAACACACAAGCAAGCAGCCAUGGCUUCGAAUAAAACUCUGAAACUCGGCAUCGACCAUCCGUCUUUGCCCGAACACUCUGAAUUCAUAACUUUGGAUUUUGGUCCAUUUGAAACUGUUCAUCAAUGGAAACAACUGCCAGAAUGCGACGAGUUUGUUGGAUGCAGGAGGAGCAAGCACACAGUUGUCGCCUACAAAGAUGCAAUUUACGUGUUUGGUGGUGACAACGGAAAGACGAUGUUGAAUGAUUUGCUUCGUUUUGACAUCAGAGAGCAGUCAUGGGGAAGAGCUUUUUCCAUAGGGCAGCCCCCUGCCCCUCGAUACCAUCAUUCGGCAGUGGUCUUUGAAUCUUCAAUGUUCAUAUUUGGUGGCUACACUGGAGAUAUCCACUCAAACUCGAAUCUCACCAACAAAAAUGAUCUGUUUGAAUACAAGUUCCAAAAUGGACAAUGGGUUGAAUGGAAGUUUACUGGAAGGACACCAGUUCCAAGAUCAGCGCAUGGAGCUGCAGUUUUUGAGACAAAGCUGUGGGUUUUUGCUGGCUACGAUGGAAAUGCAAGGCUGAAUGAUAUGUGGACAAUUUCUCUGCAGUCUGGUGAUGCCAGAGUGUGGGAGAAAAUUGACCAGGUCGGAGCCUGUCCUCCGACGUGCUGCAACUUUCCAGUGGCUGUGGCUAGAGACUCCAUGUUUGUCUUCAGUGGUCAGAGUGGUGCCAAAAUUACCAACAGCCUCUUUCAGUUCCACUUCAAAACAAAAUGUUGGACACGAAUCUCUACUGAGCAUUUGCUGCGGGGAGUUCCUCCACCUCCAGCUCGGCGCUAUGGCCACACUAUGGUGGCCUACGACAGACACCUCUAUGUCUUCGGUGGUGCAGCAGACUCAACUUUGCCCUCCGACUUGCACUGCUUUGAUUUGGACACUCAGUCUUGGGCAGUUGUUCCUCCUUCUCCUGGCAGCUCAGUGCCCUCAGGCCGACUAUUUCACGCAGCUGCUGGCUUAGGUUCGGCCAUGUAUGUUUUCGGAGGCACUGUUGACAACAACGUUCGAAGUGGAGAAAUGUACAGAUUCCAAUUUUCGAGCUAUCCUCAGUGUACCUUGACCUCGGAUUUAGCAGGCCUGCUUGAGUCUCAACAAUUCUGCGAUUUGAAAUUUAUCGUUGGGCCCGAAGAGGAGGGAAUUUUGGCUCACACAGCCCUAGUGGUAGCCAGAUCGCAGUGGCUUCGGGCUAGAGUGAGGCAUGCAAAAGAUAGCAGAGACCGUCAUUUAGAGGAGGUAUUUGGGACAACGAAUGUUCCCCAUCAAGACAUUCCACUUCUGGAAGUGAAACUCAAAGAUGCGUCUCCACCUGCUUUUCGAAUGGUCCUCAAUUAUGUUUACACCGACUGCAUGGAUCCAGCUAAGAAAAUUGAGGAUCCUCAAAGCAGUGAGAUAGUUGUACUCAUGAUGGACGUCUAUCGACUUGCAGAUCAAUUUCAUAUGCGCAAACUGGAGCAGUUGUGCCUCCACUAUUUGGAGUGCACAAUCAAUACAAAAAAUGUGCUUGAGGCGCUUUGCAAUGCAGCGCAAUUGAAACUCUACGUCAUUAAAGAAUUUUGCCUAAAAUUCGUUGUCAAAGAGACAAACUACAGCCAAAUUGUAAUGAGCCGCGAGUUUGAGAAUCUGGAACGAGGUCUGAUGGUGGAAAUCAUUAGGCGGAAGCAAUCACCUCCAGUGUGCUGCAUAGCCCCACCAGUUUGUUGUGCUCAACCAGAACAUGCUUCUGAGCAGACAGGCUUCUCAAUUGUCUCAACCCUGGAGCAAGAUUUGGAACAUCUGCUUACAACAACAGGCCGAGAAUUCUGUGACAUUACCCUGCAACUGGAUGGCACCUCCAUCCCAGCACACAAAUCAAUUUUGGCUGCUCGCUGCACCUAUUUCGAGGCCAUGUUCAGAUCCUUCAUGCCAGUGGAUGGAAUUGUUCACGUCCAAAUUGGUGACAUGAUUCCAUCCAGACAAAGUUUUGACUCACUCUUGCGCUAUAUUUACUACGGCCAUGUUGAUAUGCCUCCCGAGGACUCCCUGUACCUUUUUAGUGCCACAUACUAUUAUGGAUUUACCAACAACCGACUUCAGGCAUUCUGUAAACACAAUUUGGAAAUGAAUGUGACAUCCGAGAAUGUGGUGCAAAUUCUGGAAGCAGCUGAGCGAAUCCAAGCUCUUGACAUGAAGAAAUACGCUCUGGCUUUGAUAGUCCAGAACUUUGGAAAGGUUGCCCGGAUGUCGCAAGUAAGGCAGCUGAGUCGUGAGUUGCUGCUGGACAUCAUCGACACCUUGGCAGAAGAAUUCACUGACAGGAAACUUACUACGGACAAGUCUACGCACAGCCUUGGGUCAGACAUAUGACUAUAGGAGAUUGCCCUCGAGCAUAGACACAAUGAGUUAUACCAGCUUUUGUUGAUAGCUAUGGCUCACCUUCUCUAUCUAUGACCUGCAUUUAAUUAUUUAGACACCGCUGUGAUUAUUUUUUGAAACCUUUAAAUCUAUUGAUGUUAUAAAUGAAUCUCUCUUUGAAUGAAUCUGCAUAACUAUAAUCAAAUGUUAACUAUUUGUGAUUAGCAAAUUAUACAAAAAGUACUGGAAUUAAAGAUAUGAAAUUAA